AUCAGCGGGCGCCGCACCUGGAAUCAUUCGGCCCCGCCAGCUCGGCGGUCGGCCUCCUGUCACUGCAGGCACCAGCCAUGGUUCUGUUCCGUGGUUUGUAAGUUGGCAACCCACGUCCCCGCGGUGACUGUGGUCCUGAUGGCUGCGGCGGCGGCCCUGGCAGCGGCCGAAACCCCUCCCGCCAUGCCGCAGGCGGCAGGGGCCGGAGGGCCUACAGCCCGUCGCGACUUCUACUGGCUGCGCUCCUUCUUGGCGGGAGGGAUUGCUGGAUGCUGUGCCAAAACAACAGUUGCUCCUUUGGAUCGAGUAAAAGUUUUAUUACAAGCUCACAAUCACCAUUACAAGCAUUUAGGAGUAUUUUCUGCAUUGCGGGCUGUUCCCCAAAAGGAAGGAUACCUUGGAUUGUAUAAAGGAAAUGGUGCAAUGAUGAUUCGAAUCUUUCCCUAUGGUGCAAUCCAGUUUAUGGCAUUUGAGCAUUAUAAAACGUUAAUUACCACAAAGCUGGGAGUUUCUGGUCAUGUGCACAGAUUAAUGGCUGGAUCCAUGGCAGGUAUGACAGCAGUUAUCUGUACUUACCCUCUUGACAUGGUUAGAGUACGCCUAGCAUUCCAGGUGAAAGGGGAACACACCUAUACAGGAAUCAUUCAUGCAUUCAAAACAAUUUAUGCAAAGGAAGGUGGUUUCCUUGGAUUUUACAGAGGACUGAUGCCCACUAUAUUAGGAAUGGCUCCAUAUGCAGGUGUUUCAUUUUUUACUUUUGGUACCUUAAAGAGUGUUGGGCUUUCCCAUGCUCCUACCCUUCUUGGCAGACCUUCAUCAGACAAUCCUAAUGUCUUAGUUUUGAAAACUCACAUUAACUUACUUUGUGGUGGUGUUGCUGGAGCAAUAGCACAGACAAUAUCAUACCCAUUUGAUGUAACUCGUCGGAGAAUGCAACUAGGAACUGUUCUGCCAGAAUUUGAAAAGUGCCUGUGUCAUCAUUUAACCAUUGUCUUUCAGUACCAUGCGGGAGACUAUGAAGUAUGUCUAUGGACACCAUGGAAUUCGAAAAGGAUUAUAUCGUGGUUUAUCUCUUAAUUAUAUUCGGUGUAUUCCCUCUCAAGCAGUGGCUUUUACAACAUAUGAACUUAUGAAGCAGUUUUUUCACCUCAACUAAAAAAAAUUGCGGUUUGUGGUUUAUUUUCCUUAAUAAACUCUCAGAGAAAAAUGUUACUUUAAUUGUGAAGCAAACAUUACUUGAAGGGGGAUAUUUACCCUGUCACAGGAACCACUGACAUUACUACUUGAUUUUUUUUUUUUAAUUCACAAAUCAAAAUUGCUUUUGAUGCCAAUAUCCUUUCUGAUGCCAAACAUUAUACCUUUGAACAUUGAAAAAAUAUUACUAAGCUGAUGAUGCUAAUCAUAACAGGUUAUUUGAAACCAUUUUAAAGUGUUAUUUGGGAGCAAAACUAACUUAAAAUGGAGCUUAAGAGGUUGCCAUUAGCUUUAUCUUACUAUUCCAAACUUCUUCUUCUUUUUAUUUUUGCAGUGCUGGGGUCGAAUCCAGCACCUCACACAUGCCAGGCAAGUGCUCCAUCCCUGAGCUAAAUUCCCAGCCUCCUGUUCAAAGAUUUUAAUUGUAAUCAUGAUUUUUUUUUUUUAAUGCUGGGGAUUGAGCCCAGGGCCCUAUACAUGCUGAGCAUGCACUUGACCACUGAAUGAUUCUCCAAGCCUGUAGUCAUAAUUUUGUAAAGAGUCUUUGAACAUUUUGUUUAUAUUAUAAAAUAAACAAGUUUGAUUAUAUUGCAGCAGAACAAUAAGAACUGAAUUUUUAAGUUCUAUAAAAUAUAGCCAGCAUUCAAGUAUUAUUAUUUCUCUUCUUAUGAAUGUGUUUCACAAGAUAAAAGAACACUUUCUUUUUAGUAAAAUAAAUAUUGUAUUUAAAAGUAGAAACUUGCUGGAUGCAGUGGCACAUACCUUUAA